AGUGGACAUGUUGCCCUUCCGUUGAAGACAUAGCUGAGAACAUUGCGGCAAUUUGUGGAAUGGCAGGAGUACUGCUGCAUCAUUCUGCGUUAUGUGAAACAAUUGAAUAUCAUAACGCAGAUGAUACAGCUGCAUUCACAAAUGCCAUCCUCGUAGCUAGCGUGAGUACGUUGGUCUGA